AUGCGCUGUGUAAACUAUUAUUUCGUCUUGGGUAUGAUUUUGUUGGAAGUUGUGGGUAAGUACAACGGCGAAUUAUUUUUCAAAAAGUUAUACAUAUAGGGUCUUUACUUUUCAUCGGCUCUGCGAAUUUGUUUUGCAAAAAGGCGUUAAGAAUUUCCGCUGAACGCCUUUUUUGCAAAAUCAGUUCAAAGCUGAUUGGAAAGGGGGUCAAUUUUUGAAUUGGUUCACAAAACAUUGAACCAUUUCACUGGUUAUGAAAUUUUCAAAGGAAAAUGAACAGGUUCACGUUUUCGGGCAACAGGAAAAAACAAUCAUACAGAUUGUAUUGGAACUAUUGGAACUGUUGCCCGCAAAUGUCGGCUUCCCGCAAGUAUUGCCUGCCCGCAAAUGUCGGAAAACUUCCAAAAUAUCGCAGUAAUUUUUCCACCUCCACCUUGUUAUCCUCAAACGCCGGUUGCCCGCAAAUGUCGGCAAAUUUCCAAAUUUCAUAGUAAUUUUUCCAUCUCCACCCUGUUACCCUCACAAUCAGGUGUCGGUCUCUAGUCCACCUGCAAGAUUCUCAGCUCGCUCUUUGCAGAAACAACCGGGUUUUUUGAGUCGAACUGUUACCUAAAUUGGACAGUUCUUUUUUGAGUUUACGCAUGAAAAGUCACCAAAUUGCUUUCAUCGCUGAACGUAACAACGUAACGUCUAAAAAAAUUACUCGUUCUGCUCAAAACUGGCAAAGACGUAGCCAAAAGUUGUUUUUCUCUCUGGCCGCUCUCCGCAUUUCGCGUACUCUCUCAGUACCCCUAAAGAUUACAAAUCUUGGUGAUAGCUGCUAAGCGCAAACUAAAAUUUUCAGGGAUUUAUACAUGUACGUAAACUAUGCUCAAAAUAUGUGCAAAAUUAAAAGAAAUUUGAGCAACUAAAACAAAAAAAUUACGUUCCUUUCCUAUAUCUCCUCAUACUUCAGUUUCCCUGCCCCGUCUCCAUCAGCAUCGCCCGAAACUAAAACUCUCAAAACCUACUGUAUCAACGACAUCAGGCCCGGUGAAAUCAUCCACCGUUCCCACCGACGACACGCGCCGCACAACCUUCGAUGGCAAGGUUUUGGACGUCCCAAUCACCGACCACCACGCCCUGGAGCUGCGUGAGAAAUGGGUGGCGACGGCGUUGAGUUCGCUAAUGUCCGCCGUGGCUGACCGUAAGCUCAAAAAGCAUCCCUCGAAGCUGGUGAAAAAGGAGUUUGCGCGGUGCUCGGACAAGGCGGACUCGGUUCACAAGCACGCCAAAUGCGUGAAGAGCCUCAUGGACAACAAGAUUUUGCCCAAGUUGAGGGAUAUAGUGCAUGUAAGUGAAGGAGAAAUAUAUUGACUGAUUUUUUGACCGAAGGAGACUUCUAGGUAAUUUUUAAUAUCACUCUGUCGGGAAAAUAAUGAGCACAGGUCUUUGAUUUUUGCCCCCGAUCCUCGGCAAUCCCCAUAUUUUGUCGCCCUUCGUGUUCACGCCGAUCAUUUUGUCGCCCCUUUGUAUGACCCACCUGGUUUUGUAUGCCGCGUGCAAGCGUUAUAAUGAGCCCCUAUGCGUUUUCCACAGCUGUUUGCUUCAGGCCUCAUAUCAGACUGUUGGGAAAAUAAUGAGCACAUGUCACUGCACCAAAGGCUUUGCUGAAUUGAAAAGCAAUUUGAUUUUGUCGCGACACAUUUCAUCUUCUUUUGGGCGAUGCGAUUUUCAAUACGACAUAGCGCCUUAUCCUCUUUUUCUUUCAGCAUCCCAACCGGCCCAGCCGCUUCGAGCGCUACCGCUACAGCAUCAACGAACGCUGGAAGAAUGGCUUCAAGAUUGCGCGCAGGAAGAGGGCCAUACGGUCGCACAAACGCGCCUACUACGCGUUGCACAGCAACAUCGAGAAACCCACUCCAAUGGGAGCGAUCGCCAGAGUCAUUAUGGAGGAUGUGCUGAAGAAGAAGAACAAAACAAACGUUGAUGAGUAGGUGCAGUGAACUCACUAGCGACAUGAACUUCUAACAACAUUAUUUUUUUAUAUAUAUGUCUUAAUGCAAUUGCUAUUUUCAGUUGGAAGAAAACGGUGGAGAAAUUGAAAAACGUCGGAGAAUUGCGUUCAAAAAAGAGAAAAGAGACCGAAGAUGUCAGCGAGGAGACGCUACAACAACUAUCGCUAAACGGCCUGAAGAAACAUGUCAUGAAAGGUCAAGAAAGUGACGUCGAUGUAAGACUGUUUGUAGGAAAGAGAGGCGCUGAUAUUUUGACAAAAAAAUUUGACGUACUUUCUGGAACGGCUAGUAGUACUUGACAAAAAUCGUUCAAUAUCUCGGCAACUGCUGAAAAUUGCGAGCUAAAGUUUUCUUGAAAUUUUUAUGUACAUAUUCUCCGUUUUUUCAGCUGCUGGACGUCUUCAAAGACGAGCAGAAGCUCCGUGAUUACCUGAAAAAACGAAAGGAAAAGCCGAAAGACACCUCGGAGAAGAUCUUUGGCCUGAUUCGAGAAGGAUUGAAGCUAGCCUACAUGAUGUCGCCAAAUGGGACCAAAAAUUCAACCGACGAUUUUGAUGACAAAUCAAUGAAGUUGAUGUCGCCAAGAUUUUUCGGACUUGUGCCUGAGGCCAAGGAGAAAAAUGAAGUGAGUAUUUUUUUUAUGUUUUUGCCCAGGCCAUUGAAAAACUGGCAAAAUAAUGGCCAAGUUUUAGCUCGAAUUUCUCUCACCAUCGCUGUUUGCCCUCCACAAUCAAGGAGAGGGCCUCGAGAACUUGACCUCGUUGCCAACACUGUUGAAGAAUGUGAUUGGAAAAGACCAGGACCUCUGGCUGAACUUGAUCAUGGAGGUUUCCGGCGUCAACGAUCAAGCAGAGACUGUGCGGAAGGUAAGAAAAAUUGGGCAAAAAAUACCUGUCGUUCCUGCAAAGCGUGAGAAUUUCACUCACAGGGGAAGUACCCCAAGUGCGACGCUCAGAUUUUGAUGAAACUUGGCCCAAAUUUAGAAUAAUUUUUUCUAAGAUAUAUGCGAGAAUCCUAGCUCGCGCUUUGCAGAAACAACCGAGAUUUUUAGAUUGAAAGUCGGCGAAAAUUUCGGACUUUUUGCCGAAUUUCAGCACGAAAAGUUUCAUGUCUAUUUCUACCGUAAAGGAUAAUGUUUCUACAAAAAAUCAAAUUUUUCCGCGCGAAACUGCCAAAGUUAUGGCGAAAAAGGUGUUUUCUCUCUGACCGCUCUCCACGUUUAGCGUGCUCUCUCGGCGGCAUAAAUCGUCCGAUAUCUCGGCGGCGCCUGCAAAGCGCGAGCUAAAACUUUCAGGAAUUGAUAUUUAGUCUAUUCCCGACGCGUGUGCAAAAUUUAAAGAAAAUCUGAGCGUCGCACUUGGGGUACUUCCCUUGUCAGUUUUUCCAAUUUUUCAGAUCGUCGAGGAAGUUGAAGAGCCCAAGGAUUUCAUGCAGCAAUAUAAGAGGGAAAUUGUUAAUGAAAAUGGGGUUCCUCUGUACUGGACAGAGGGCAAUAUCACCGAAAAAUAUGGGAAAGAAGAGCAAAGGAAGAUAGAAACUGGAAGAAGGUUGGCGGCGAGUUACAGCAAGGAUCAGGUAAGCGGUUUUACCUCAACCGUUUCGCCUCGAUUCGUUGUCGUAUGAGGCUAGGAGAACGCCUGCUAGGACUUUCAUAAAGUACCUGGAUUUUUGCACUGUGAAUUUCGCUUUCUCGCGAAUUUUCAAAAAACUUUUGCUUUUUCCUUGCACAGUGCGGCAAACGACGAAAAGUCCAUGCACUUUAAAAAAAAUGCUAGUAGUAUGCAUGACGCUGGCAGAACGCUUAUCAUCGUCAGGCCCGGCCCGCUUUCCACCUCUAGUUAAAGGACGUACAGCUCUCUGUUUAGCCGGGGUGUUACGGCUUGGAAAUCGACGAAAUGUUCAUAGGUAGUACAUUACCUGUUUGACGAUUAACAAAAGAAAAAAAUAUGGCAACAUUCUGCGUAUUUGCUAACAAUUAUUGAACCAUUUUUAAUUUUGUCCAUACUUUUUUUUUCGUGGUUGGCGACAAAAAAAAUAUUUUUUUUGACAUUUCGUCCGCAAGCCGUAAAUGUGGCGAUUCAAAAAUUGUUUAUAUCGCUGUUAUGACUUUUACCAGUCCGUCGGGAAAAUAAUAAGCACAAUGGCGUUGUCGAUCGUCGUCGCUGAACUGAAAACCAAUUUGAUUUUUUCCGCGACACAAUUCAUUUUCUCGGCGAUUUUCGAUGCGACAGAGUGCCCAUUAUUUUCCCGACAGUCUGAAAAAAUCUUUUUUAUUACCGUUAAAAUAUAUAUAUAUUGAAAACAACCCUUUCAGCUUCGCGAAUUCAACACCACCGGCUACUCCUUCCUCACCCACGCCCAACUCGACCUGCUCUACGGCCCUCAUUCUCCCUACAACGACUCGGAAGCCCAUCGGCGCCUAACGUCGCUGAAUCACUCCAAACUGCACGACUAUCUCGAGGCCAACAUCCGGCAUGCGGCCGAGGACGCGAACCUGUUCAACCUGCGACAAAACGACUUUGUCGUGGGGUCUCCGUUCGUGCUCACGUCCAUCAUUGGAAGGCCGGAUAUCGCGUCCAACUCGCUGAUUUUGUCGCCACUAGUGCUGACGCCGGCCAUUUUAUCGCCCGCCGUUCUGGGAGGCGUUGUGUUGUCGCCGUGGCUGUUCGUCCCCGUGGUGUUGAGCCCUCGAAUUCUCGGUUGUCUGGUCCUGUCGCCGUACGCGUUCUCUCCGAUCAUUUUGACACCUUUCGCGCUGCAUCCCGUAAUCUUGUCGCCCGGCAUUUUCGACCCGUUGAUCUUGUCCCCAAUCCUCCUUAAUCCAUAUGUUUUGUCGCCGCUGGUGUUCACGCCGAUCAUUCUGUCGCCCCUUUGCAUGGCCCCUCUAAUUCUCUCGCCCACCGUCGGGGGACCGUUGAUUUUGUCGCCCUUCGUCUUGAAUCCCCUGAUCUUGUCGCCGAUGGCGCUUGGCGGCGUUAUCAUGAGCCCCUAUGCGUUGUCGCCGCUUGUGUUUUCACCGCUUUUCGCGUUUGUUGCGUUGUUGUCGCCCAGUUGGCUGAGUUGA